AUUAGCACUUUAGACAGUUAGCAUGUUAGCUGCUAACGUCUGUACUGAACAUGUCCGUUAAAUAGCUAGCAGAGAGUUUAAAGUCCUGAAUGUUGGUUUGAGUUUUAGAUAGUGGCUCUCUGACUGUCCCAGGAUGUUUUCAUCUACAUGGAAUUUUAUUAAAAGACACAAGAGGAAAUUUAUUUUCACCGGAGCUCUCAUCGGAGGCGUGUACUUCCUGGGUAAAUAUGCUCAGAAAAAGAUCAGGGAGAUGCAGGAGAAGGAGGCAACGGAGUACAUCGCUCAGGCCAGGCGACAGUUCCACUUUGAGAGCAACCAGAGGACCUGCAACAUGACUGUCCUGUCCAUGCUCCCUCCUCUGAAAGAAGCCAUCAUCAGCCAGCUGAACUCAGAAAGCCUCACUGCACUACUGAAGACCAAACCAGCCAACAAGCUUGAAAUCUGGGAAGAUCUAAAGAUCAUCAGUUUCACCCGUACCGUUGUGGCCGUCUACAGCACCUGCAUGCUGGUGGUUCUCCUCAGAGUCCAGCUCAACAUCAUUGGAGGAUACCUGUACCUGGACAACUCUGUAGGCAAGAGCACAGUGACUCCUCUGGCUCCUCCUGAUGUCCAGCAGCAGUACCUGUCCAGUAUCCAGCACCUACUGGGAGACGGUCUGACUGAGCUGAUGACGGUGGUUAAGAGAUCAGUUCAAAACUCACUAGGAAGCAUGUCUCUGAAGCAGUCUCUGUCUCUGCUGGAGCUGGAGCAGCAGCUGAGCUGGAUCAGGGCGGAGGUCGAGGCUGGAUCAGAGCGGCCGUUGUCGUGGUACAUGCUGGCUGAUGACGAGAACGCUCUUGCAGAUCAGGCCUGUGGACUGACUGAAAGCGACCAUGUGACCAUCAAACUUUUAAACGAGACUCGAGACAUGCUGGACAGCCCAGACUUCAGCACCGUCCUCAGCACCUGUUUGAACCGAGGUUUCUCCCGCCUUCUCGACAAUCUGGCUGAGUUCUUCCGCCCGCCUCCUGGUGACUCCGCCCCAGAGUCUGCACCUGAUAGUCUGUCUGCAGUCAGUCUGCCGCUGGCCAAGAUCGUCCCCAUUGUUAACGGGCAGAUCAACACAAUUUGCAGCGAGACACCCAGCCACUUUGUUCAGGACCUGCUGAUGAACGACCAGGUGAAGGAGUUCGCCGCCAACGUCUACGAGACUUUCAGCACGCCACAGGAGCUGCAAAAAUAAAAGCAACUCAAGAGAGGAGGAAGAGGAGAGGGAUGAAAUCAGAAAUAAAACCUCUGGACUCUCCAUCCCUCUUUUUGAACACUUUCUCCUCCUGAAGCUGCAGACGUCUCGCUCUGUGACCGUGAAGAUCUGAGGACAAAUGUCUGGGAGUCUGCAGGAGGAGCACGCGCCUCUUUAUGAACAGCGCCGUCACGGAGGACUGGAACGCUGCAGGAGGGAGAGACGUACAGCAGGAAUCACUGAGAGAUGGCUGGAGUUAUCCUGAUGAUGAGGAUUUUUACUCACACACAGGGAAAGGCACAGAGACGGUCAGUGCUGAGGAGAAAUAUUCAGGAAUAAUAAAGCAAUCAUGGCAGAUUUUA